AUGUACUGGUUCUGUUGGACCUUACUCUGCUUUGGGUCGCUGUCUAUCGUCGUCGCUAGAAUGCGAGUGCCGUGGCCAUGCCCACAUGAGAUUCCCACAGGAGGAUUGGGGGUCUUAGGGGGUAAUGAGCAACGCGGGCCAAAGUGCCAUAUUCGCCGGGGUAGCGUCCAAAAUACAGAGGGGGGUGAUGGUGUUCACAUCCCCGAACUAUGGAUAUCGUGGUCACCGGUUGCCUGUUGGCCACAUGGCACUUUUUGUGGACCCACGCGUGCGCGCGCGAAGUGUGCGAAACAAAAAAUUGAAACGAAUUGUCCCACGUCCGUUGGACUUAAUAUUUCUAUGGGCGCGUCUAGCCCUAUGGUCGUUUCGCACACAGUGACUGGCCGGGCGUGGCACCGGUACCUCUUUGUGGUGGAUUGGGGUAUCCAAGCCCUUGCCCAAGAGGCGCCCGGGAUAAAUCCCGCGGUACCUUAUGCCGGGUUCCUCGCUCGCGGGCCCGGCACCCACCCACCCACCUCCUGGCCAAUCAGGGACCUCCUUUUCGGUAGUUACAUUCAAGUUGCCGCUCGCCGAAUCGCCACAACGCGCGCGCGCGGGACCGCGGACGUCGAACGGCCCGCGCCGGCCGCGGACGCGAGCGCGCAGCCGCCGAAUAAAAAGAAGAAGAAGGCGCCGACGACGAGGCGCCCCGCGGCGGCGGCGAGCCGGGCCUCGAAGCGCACGACGAAAGCGCCCGACAUCUACGAGGGCGACGUCUCGCUGUCUGCUCUCGCAUUUCUUUUCUCGGAGCUAGUGCAAUACCAGACAAUUAAAAUCUGCAGUGCUAGUGAUUUAGAAUGUGGGUUGGAACAAAUUGGUCGUUCAGUUGGUACAAGGGUUAUAGAACUUCUGUCAUACCGAGAUCGCCAAAUCCGACGCGAGUUGAGCCUGAUCGGUAUAUUGCAGUUUAUCUCUACAACUUGUUGGAAAGCCCUUUUCGGUAAGCCGGCAGACUCUCUUGAAAGAAGUACGGAAAAUGACAAUGAGUAUAUGGUUCACGAUUCAGCGGCAUUGACGAACCAAUUUGUUUCUGUUCCGAAUCAUCUGGGCCAACUUAAUUGUGCAGCAUACAUUGCCGGCAUAACAGCAGGAAUAUUGGAUGCUGCAAACUUUGUACCAAAGAAAAGACAGCCCCUCCUCUCUCCCCUCGUACUUUAUUUCUCCACGGGCAGUAAAAGGCUGAAUGAAAUCUCUCUCCGAGAGUAUCUAAUUAUCUCCUGCAAAGAUACAAGAUAUAGAAGUGACCUCAAUAAAACCCCGCCGUUCAGCGUUGGAAUGGCCAACGCACUAACGUUACAAUGGUCCUUCGGUUUUAGUAGAGAAAUUCCGGGUGGAGUGAUAACUUUGUGUGACGGGACUCGAAAUGCACUGUUCUACGCUGCCGCACAGUCCGGAAUUAUCUAUGAUUAUUCCGCUCGUCGACAGAACCUGCUGCAGGGACACUGUAACCCGAUAUCUUGUGCUGUCGUCUCGCCUGAUAAAAAAUGGUUGAUAACAGCCGACAUCGGUGGAGAUUCACUAGUAGUGGUUUGGGACUCUGAGACAGGUAGUCCAGUUCGAACGAUUUUCAAUCCUCACACAAGAGGAGUAUUGAGUAUUGAUGUCACAUCAGAUGCAACAUUCUUAGCACUACUCUCGGGCUUUAAAUCGCAAAGAGAGGGUGGGUUUCAAGAAAUUUCUAUCUGGGAAUGGGCAAGUUCUAGGGAUGUACCGAUGCUGUCAGCACAAAUUGCAUCGGCGCAGCAGCACACGAGCAUGCGCUUCAAUGUAUCGGAUGUGCGGGAGCUCAUCACUAACGGCGAAUCAACAGUCUACUUUUGGUCCUGGGAGAAUGCAAUGACGUGCUAUUCUCCACGCAUCUCACGGCGCAACUUUAGGCAACCAGUUGGUAAGUUCACUGUGUCAAUAUUCCUCCCUGGCAGCACGCAGGCAGUCACAGCGACCUCAGAUGGGUCGCUCAUUCUAUGGGAUAUGCCACUCGAACACGGUGGACAGUCGAAUGCGAAUGUGGAGCCUUCAAAUAGUGCGAUCACAGAAAGAAUUGCAGUCAAGGUUAUUCGGCUCUGCGAGGGAGCAAUAAAUUAUCUGACAACAGUUGAAACGCAUCUUGUCGUGGCUGGAAACGAUGGCGCGGUCAGGAUGUACGAUCAUCUAUUCAGACUCGAGGCUUGGUUCGAAGAUCUGAAUGCAGGGCCGGUUGUGUCUGUUUCAUUUGCAACAAAGAAUAUUGAAAGCUUGGUAAACCGGGGCCAAGCCCCACACACCACCACAGAUGAUAGUCAGGAGCAAUUGAGAUCCCUUCAAAGCAAGCUACCUGACUUCUUGGUUGGGACAAAAUCUGCUACAAUAAUUCACCUCCAUGCAAACUUAUUUCAGGCUGUACUACCUGAAGAUCGCAGGGGAACAGUCGUGGUGCAGGGGAUGGCUGAUGAAGUACAUGGAAUAGCAUUACAUCCUACGAAGUCCUACAUCCUAAUUACCUGCUACUCGGGGGGGCUGUAUCUCUGGGACUAUAAUAUCAAGACGCUCAGAAUGGUGCGGCUUUUUGAUCCUAUGAAAUUACGACCGCAUUGCAUCUCAUUUGAUCACGUGGGGCUUUCUUUAGCUGUUGGGUUCACGUCGGGAACUGUCAAGGUGCUAGAUCCAGUCUCUCUCUCAGAUAUUGGAGCAUCUUUCAAAAAUGGAAAGGCAAAAAUCCUUUUCCUUGAGUUUUCGCUAGACUCAAAUUGGUUGGCAGCGGCAGAUGCUGCGCACAGCGUUGCCCUCUGGAAAAAGGUUAUCGUGCUAGAAACGGUCAGUCACGAGCCUCAAAAUGAUGCGCUCGCGCGUGAUAGAGGCGAGCAGCACUCAGAGCUAGCUUCUCUUAGUGCUCAGCAUGCUAAUAUGGCCACAUGGGUGUAUAUCGGCCGAUACUUCUCACAUUCGAGACCAGUGACCGGGCUCAAAUUCGGACGUCGAGAGACUGAUGUCAUGGUCUUGGUGUCGGUUGCCGAAGACAAAAAGCUCGUUGAAUACAAUCUUGCGAGCAGCACGGUUGACAGUGGUGUUUUGAUCGCAGGCAUAUACUCUAUUGAGGAGGGCGCUACUCCUACUGCAUGUUUGUGGCACCCUCCUCUACACGGUGAUUUUGAGGAGAGAAUUAUAACCGCCAACUCGGAAUUCAAGUUACGGCAGUGGAAUGCUGACAAUAAGUUGUGUCGUAGAACGUCAUUAAGCCCAACGUUUGGUGGCCCGGCCAGCGGCCUCGAAGCACUUGGCAAAUCAGAAGGCCAGUCUGACUUUCUGGCGUACAGCGCAGAGUCCAAGGUUGUCGGUAUAAUCAAACUACCGUUGGAUGGCAAUCCAAAUAAAUCUAUGGGCAUCAUUGCCCACCCUGGGAACUUGUCGGGGAUUGCUGCAACUUCUUGUGGGCAGCAGUUGUUCACCGCAGGCGGAAACGAUCAGACUGUCAACUUUUGGUCAGUCCAAAGGGCAAUGGUCGAUGCACUUGAGGCCGCCGGUGGCAGGGCAAUGGAGCCAUACCUCGCAUCUUUGCCCGUUGGUGCGGAACAGGAUGUCUAUGAAAAGAUGCUCCGCAGACAGGGUGAGGAAACAACAACAUCCCGAAAGGUCCUGGGUGCCAUCCAUCUCAGUGAUGUGCCGCGCCUCAUGCGAGCGAUUGGCUACUACCCAUCAGAACAAGAAGUAGUCAAUAUCAUCUCUGAGAUUAAAUACUCCACUUUCACAACAUCAGGCCAAAUAACGGAGAGUGUCGAUCUUCACACUUUUAUUCGCUUGUAUGUUAAUCAUCGGCCAGUUUCCGGCGUCAAAAUGCACCAAAUUCAUCAGGCGUUAGCUGUAAUACACGCACGUAUCAGCCCGGGAAUAGACGCGGAUUAUUCAACGAACCCCCUUUCCUGGAGACAGCUUCAGACAAUGUUGGAAUCGUGUGGUGAGAAAUUUUCACAUCAGGAGCUCUCGGCAUGUCUGCUCGCAUUGAAUGGGGAUCCGCGGCAGCCGUCGAUGUUGACAAUACCUCGGAUUGUGACUGACAUCCUCGGCUUCAAGGAAGACUCAAAGUAG